AUGCGCCUCCCCGUAACUAUAUGUGAGACCCUGAUCUCACCACAGGUUGGUGGCGCAAUCGGCCGGCGACGACUCUCACCUCCCCGUGGUGCCGGCUGGGAACCUGCGAAUGCCUUGCCCGAUGGCAUUAGCAGAGCUGAGAAGAGUCACACCAGCCAGCACUGUCCGCUGGCUAGGGCUACUGCUAGAGCGAGAGCUCAGGGGUCAGGACCCCUGACCCCACGCACAGGCGACAAGGGAACAAUUUGA